AUGAAGCAUCCAUUGAAUCUACCGAUUGAUAUUGUUGUUGGCUUACCUUUAUCAGAUGAUAACAUACUCAAGAAUCCGUACAAGUUAAGCAUUGCUAAAAGUCAGCCAGUAUUCGAUGUAGCCAUCGAAGAUGUUUAUUAUUCUCGUCAACUUUUAUCACCAGGAAGUUUACGCAUUACUUACGUAAAUACUAAUUUAAGUGAUGCAACUGGUCCACAGCGUAUUAUUGAACGAUAUUGUGAACAUAGUGUAGAUGCUAUAAUGGGUUUAAGUUAUGUUUAUGCUUUAGCACCAUUAGCACGCAUAUCACAGUUUUGGUAUGCUGGUGUUCCAGUAUUCAGUACUUCGGCUUUGGUAGAUGAAUUAGGAGAUAAGCAAGAAUUUCCAUUGUUAACGCGUUUAAUGGGUACAUAUAAAACGUUAGGACAUUUAUCAAGAAAAUUAAUGAAUCAUUUCACAUGGAAUAAAGUUGGAUUCUUCUUUCAUGAUCAAAUUAACGGACAACGAGUAGUAGGUCGAUCAGAAUGUUUUUUCUCUUUAAAUGCUAUCAAAAAUAAUUUCAAUCAUCGACCAAUAAUUAGUUGGACAGUUCAAAUGUUCAAUGAGCAUGAAACAAAGCAAUUGCAAAUGCGCUUUAUGCUCAAAAAAAUUUCAAUACAAACAAAUGGCAAGUAUUAUUUCGUCUUUCAGAAUUUAUACUCUGUGAUAAUUCUGUGUGCUUCGCCGGACACAGUUCGAGAAAUUAUGCUGGCUGCAUACGAUUUGGGUAUGGCCACAUCAGGCGAAUACGUUUUUAUCAAUAUCGAUGUUUCAACGGGAUCACAUGCAGAAAGGCCGUGGUUACGUUUGAACGAUACUUCUUCAGCAGAAAAUGAAAAAGCUAAAAAGGCUUAUCAGGCACUAAAAACAAUUUCAUUAAGACGUAGUGAUUUAGAUGAAUAUAAAAAUUUUGAAUUACGUGUGAAAGAACGUGCCGAGAAAAAAUAUAAUUAUUCAGCUAAAACGGGUAAAGAAUAUGAGAUGAAUAACUUUAUUAGUGCAUUUUAUGAUGCAGUUUUGUUAUAUGCAAUAGCGCUUAAUGAAACACUCUCUGAAGGAUUGGAUCCUAGAAAUGGUCAUAAUAUAACGAGUAAAAUGUGGAGUCGAACUUUCAUAGGUAUUACGGGUAAUGUAUCAAUAGAUGAAAAUGGUGAUCGGUAUUCCGAUUACUCACUUCUUGACUUGGAUCCACAGCAGGAUAAGUUUGUUGAAGUUGCAUAUUAUUCGGGGGCAUCGAAUGAAUUGAAGCAAGUUGCUGAGUUUCAUUGGGUUGGUGGCAGUCCACCUAAAGAUUCACCAGUAUGUGGUUGGGAUCACUCGAAAUGCCCAGAAGGAUAUCCAUUUUAUGUUUAUUUACUUAGUGGAUCAGUGAUUUUUAUUCUCUUACUCAUGUCUGGUUUUAUAUAUUUUUGGAGGUCAGUUUAUUUCGUAAAUUUUGAAUAA